AUGGCAAACUCCAGGCUCAGCCUGGCCCUUGUCGGGACUUUUGUUGUGGCUAUUGUAUUGCUGCAAGUGAGCUCGAUCAUCUAUGGUUCCCAUCAAGGUCCUGUAUUCCAAGUCAAAUCGCAAUGGGAUGAUCGAUCGUCGGGCUACGUUGGGGAUGAUAGCAUUCACUUACUAGGGGCUGGUAAAGCGGACAUCACCGGACCUGUUGUGGAGAUAGGGUUUGGUGGCUAUGCGGACCUCGACCAAGUUGGGACGGGCCUGCGUCAAAGGAUUCAUUCGCGGGCCUUUAUUGUCGCAAAUCCUAACAAUCUGGAGGAUACCUGGAUCUAUAUAGUCCUGGACACUCUUACAGGUGACACAGGGGUACGUCACGCGGUCCUACAAGGACUUGCCAAUCUCGGCAGCGAGUACUCACGAUAUGGCGACCGCAAUCUCGCCCUCACCGGAACCCAUUCUCACUCAGGUCCAGGCGCCUGGUUCAACUACCUCCUUCCUCAAAUUCCUAAUAAAGGAUUCGAUAGACAGAGCUUUAACGCUAUUGUGGAUGGUGUCAUUCUCUCAAUACGGAGAGCUCAUGAGAACCUUGCGCCAGGACGACUUACAUACGGAACUAUCAACGUCGAAGAUGCGAACAUCAACAGAAGCCCGUAUUCAUACGAUGCAAAUCCUGAAGAGGAAAGGGCACGGUACCCUUCCAAUGUGGAUACGGAGUUGACUCUCCUAAGGUUUGACCGGGAAAAAGACAACAAAACAAGUGCUGUCUUGACAUUUUUCCCUGUUCACGGCACCUCACUCUACGGCAAUAACACGCUAGUCACUGGAGAUAACAAAGGUGUCGCUGCCUGGCUUUUUGAGAGGAGUGCAAGGGGUAAUUCCAAAUUUACGGAUGACUUCGUGGCGGGCUUCUCCCAGUCCAGUGUUGGCGAUACCUCCCCUAACGUUCUGGGAGCUUGGUGUGAAGAUGGAUCUGGCGAACAAUGCCAGUAUUCUGAUAGCACCUGCGGCGGACAAGCCUCACCGUGCCAUGGGCGUGGCCCGUUUUUCCGGGAAGCAGAUGAAGGUGCGAAGAGCUGCUUCGAGAUUGGACGCCGGCAGUACGCCGCAGCCGAGGAGUUGUACGGACAGAUGGACACCGACGCCAUACAGAUCCGCAGUAGCUCUCAAAUCAGUUCCUUCCACUUGUUUGAGAACCUCGACGGUUACACUUUCCAGUCUCCUUUCAAUUCUAGCAUUUUAUCCACAUGCUCGGCGGCACUUGGAUUUUCAUUUGCUGCGGGCACCACAGAUUGGCCUGGCUACUUCGACUUUACUCAGAACGACACAACUCCUGCGGAGCGUAAUCCGCUGUGGUAUAUUGCCCGCGCCUUUCUUCACCAGCCCACGCCAGAGCAAAAGACGUGCCAAGAACCCAAAGACAUCCUUUUAGAUGUCGGAGAGGUUGGCCUACCGUAUGCCUGGACGCCCAACGUGGUAGACAUCCAGCUUCUGCGUAUAGGACAGUUGAUGGUAGUGAUUUCGACAAGCGAGGUGACAACCAUGGCUGGGCGACGGUGGAAAGAAGCAAUCGCAAAGUCGGCUAGCGAUGUGCUGUCGAUCUCUGAUCCUCUGGUUGUCCUAGGCUCCCCAGCCAACAGUUAUGCGCAUUACGUGACAACCGAAGAGGAGUAUGGGAGACAACGCUACGAGGGAGCUUCGACUCUGUAUGGGCCCAACACGCUAGCAGCCUACGUCAAUUUGACGCUCACUUACCUCUCGUAUCUUGGCGAGUCUGCGCAAGGAGACUAUCCUGAGCCAAAUGGGAUCGAACCGCCAAUCAACACGGACAAGUCGCUAAGUUUUAUCCCUUCCGUCGUGUACGAUGGCCGUCCACUAGGCAAAUCAUACGGUGAUGUUAUCACAUCUGCUGGGAAGGCAGAAUAUCAUCCAGGAGACAUAGUGACUGCGAAAUUUAUCGGAGCUAAUCCGAGAAACAAUCUACGGUCAGACUCUACCUACGCGGCAGUCGAGCGACGAAAUCCAGACACGGGAGACUGGGAGACAGUGCGAACUGACAGCGAUUGGAAUCUCGUUUACCGAUGGACUAGGACUAAUACCAUUUUGGGGCACAGCGAUGUCACUCUAGAAUGGGAAAUCGAGAACGAUUUCUAUCUUGCUGGUAGCCCUAGCCCGCUGCAGGAAGGAACCUAUCGAUUCCAUUAUUACGGCGAUGCGAGAGGCAUCACUGGGAGAAUCGAAGCAUUCGAGGGCGUCGAUGAGCCUUUUACGAUUGUUAUCUGA